AUGGUCAGCGAAACUCACCGUAAUCUCAUUGAAGGCGUUCAUCUUGCAGAUUCGGUCACGUGGAAUCCGCAUAAACUGAUGGGUGUUAUUCUUCAAUGCUCGGCACUUCUAGUGAGGCACAAGGGUCUCCUGAGUGCGUGCAACAACAUGUCCGCCGAAUACCUAUUCCAGCCUGACAAGCACUACGAUGUCCGUUACGACACUGGCGACAAGACUAUUCAGUGCGGCCGGAGACCAGACGCCUUCAAGCUCUGGCUUGGCUGGCGAGCAAAGGGCAUCUCUGGAUUUGCCCAGUCGGUCGACAAGUGCCUGGAAAUGUCCGAAUACUUCGAAGAGGAGAUCCGAAAGCGCCCGGAAAUGUUCGUCCCCGUUCUGGAAAAGGGAUGACCCCACGAUACGAUUUGGAAGGCAGAGAUUCAUAAGGUCGCCCCAGCGUUGAAGGAAAAGAUGAUGUUUGAAGGGUCCUUGAUGAUAACCUUUCAGCCACAUAAGGGACAACCCAACUUUUGGAGAGCGAUCGUUUCGAAUCCGGCGGUGAGAAAGGAAGACAUCGAUUAUGCGAUCGCGGAAAUGGACCGGUUGGGUGCCCAUCUCUAA